AGUAAGAGAACGAUCCGAACGUCUCAGUUUCCCCUCAAUAGGAGUUUAUGACCUUCAGUGGGAUCAUUCAGGGAUUAAAUGACACAAACAAUCACCUUAAAGGUGGCCUACUUUCAGUCAUUUUAAAAGUUGAACACAAAAACCUGAUAAAAUCAUUUAGAAACCAUCUAAAGUCACGACCUCCGUGGAGCAACAUCAAUAAUUCACAUCAAUUUAUUCACAAUAACAAUAAAGGAGGUGGAGGUGGGGACUGAGCAGUGACCACAAUGAAGCUCCACCACGACACACGUCACACAAUGGGGCCGCCCGGCUAUAAAAGGUGGGACGGAGGCAGGCGCGCCGCGUCUCACCCGGCUCCUCUUCCUCCCUCUCGCUCCACCGGAUCCAGUGAGGAUGAGGAGGCUCUGCUGAAGGACUGCCAGACGCCGAUGACCUGCGGACGAAAGCUCUGCCUUCUGAGAUUUCUGCACAUUUCUACACAAACAGCAUCAUGACCAGGAAGGUGUUCACCAACACCAGGGAGCGCUGGCGCCAGCACAACGUCAACACAGCCUUCGCUGAGCUCCGCAAGCUCAUCCCCACCCAUCCUCCGGAGAAGAAGCUGAGCAAGAACGAGAUCCUGCGCCUGGCCAUGCGCUACAUCAACUUCCUGGUGCAGCUGCUGGAGAGCCAGAGCGGCCAGCCGGCCGGCCACUCCUCCACCGCCCUGCUCAGCUUCCUGAGGGGCAACAUGGAGCGGCUGCACUCGCCUCCCCGAACCUGGACCGCCACCAGCGACACCGAGGCGCCGUCGCCCGGAUCCAGGAGCGACAGCUCCGAGGCCUGGUAGACCA